GAACGCUUUAUCAGUUAUCCGGAGGUGUCGGUACGCCGCGCCGUGUUCUACGCUCCGACAUGACCCUCUAGUGACAAACGCUAAUACGCUAACUAGACUGACUGCAACAUAGAUCUCAAUAUAAGACUUAUUUUUACACUUUUCUAUUCUUAAGUGACCAGUGACGUGUGGAUUAAUUUUAAGUGAUAGAUCUAGUGACAAACAAUUUCCCGAGGAUUUUCCAAUUUGGAUUUCAUAUAUUUGGCAAUUCUGGAUUUCUCUUCAGGCUGAUGGUACAAAUACAACAAUUAAUAAAUAGAUGUAUCUUUCCUUCUGAAACUUAAAACAAUACUUCAAGAUGAGACUAUCGAACGAGGAAGUUCAAAGUACAACAGUGGGGGGGCGCACUAACAGCCCCAAUGGCACGGGGACAAUAAGCACUGUAGCCAAUGCAGGCACGUAUGAUGUGACUCGCAUGAGAGAAGAGGAAUUCGAAAGACUAACAGUGUAUAUAGUGCCUGAUGUCCCUUGUGAAAGAGGCACCCCGAACAGGGCAGAAAGAACACUCCCUCGCAGUCUAACUCUCAGACCAUCUGCUGUGUUAUCUACACCUAAUACUCCGACGGAAGGAGUUUGGAGCAUUGGAGUCAUUCCACGCGGUACACGUUUUGGACCCUUUGAAGGCUCCCGUACACCCAAUAAACCCAAUGACAAAGUAUCCUGGAGAUAUUACUGGAGGGUACAGGAAACUGUCAGACACCAUACUUUCGGAAAUAUAAAGAUAUUUAAAGAUAGCGACUACUAUUACCUGGAUGGAUCCGAUACAAGCAUCGCAAAUUGGAUGCGCUACGUUGCGUCCGCCUACUCCUUGUCCGUGAUGAAUUUGGUUGCCUGCCAGCACCAGGAACAUAUUUACUUUUACACGAUCAGGGAUAUAAUGCCUAAUGAAGAGCUAAUGGUCUGGUACUGUAAGGACUUCGCGACAAGGCUGGGAUAUGAUAUAGAUCCUGAACGCGCUACAUAUUCAAUAUGCAAAGAAGAAACUAUAAAGAAAGCAUAUGGCUUACCACCAGCACCAGUGCACCCCGAAAUUGCAUUUAACCAUAUGAAAUACGUUCUAGGGCUUACAAACGCCAAGGAACUUUUAGAAGCUGAAAUUCCAAGUCGUCGGAGAAAACGCGAAUUGAACGAUAAUCCGCCUUUAUUACUACGAGAAGACCCAAGAAACAAAAAUGACAGACUUGUAGUUAUUAAAAAUGAGAUGUCUCCCAGUAUAAUACAUAACAAAACUGAAAAUCACAGCAUAAAUGAACAAACAGCACUAUCACCAAUGGGUUUAAUGCAACCACCAUCCCCGCUAAAAAAUCAUCAUAGAGAUCAAACUUUAGUUCUUCAUCAGCAAAAGGAGAGUACAUCACAUGUAGUAAUACAUCAACUAGAAAAUACAAGAGUUCAUGGUAAUAGAUCACCAAACCAAAAUCAGCAUCUAAGAGACAAUCGUGGUCCGUCUCCCAUGGGACAAAAUCAACAAGAUAAAAUUGAACGCAAAUCUCCAAGUCUCACUCAUUGUGGUGCACCGCAUUAUGAACAUCAACUAACACCUAAUGACGAAGGGUAUCAUAGCAACGGAUACCACGAUGAUUUUACUCCGCCUGAAGACUCUAGUGACUCCGAUGUUGAGAAUUAUGUUUUGGAUUGCUCAAAUAAAACAAACGAGCCUAAAGAGACGGUAAUAGUCCAAAAAAUUGACCAAGAAAUGCAUCGUAACGAAUACAGAAAGGUAAAAAUUAAGAUGCCAAGAGCCUAUCAAUAUCAAAACCAUAAAGAUAUGGACUGUGAAAACGAAAAAGAAUUAAUUAUAGCUGAUGAAGCUUGUAACAUUACACCACAGAAUUUAUCGCCACCUCGGCGAGACCCAGCUACUUCUACCGUUAUUGUUCUUGAAUCAUCUCAAAAUACAAUACUACCAUUGAACAAACCGUAUUACGAAGAUGGUACUAUUUCACCAAGUCCUCAGCCUGCAUUCAUGAGAUAUUCCCCUCCAGAUACACGUAUUCUUGAAACUAUAUUAACUGGAAAUAGAAUAGAUACGAACAACAAUGAUCCAAACCGACGUCAACCCAAUGCCACUCCACCACCAUCGUCGCCUACUGAAAUGGCAUAUUCUUACAAAAAGAGUCAAAGAUACGGUAAUGCCUGUAGUCCGGAUUCUAGUUCAAAUCUUGCACCUUUACCUUCCUUAUUACCUCUUCCACAACAAUUACCCACGCCAAAUACUGGAUCGAUUUAUUCAUCCUCACCACCUCACACUAUUCCCCAUACUACUGAAAUUAGAGAAAUAAGAGAAAUUCGAGAGAUAAGGGAAACCAGAUAUGAAAGCCAUUACCCAAAUUAUUCCUAUAAUAUUUAUUCACCACCGAAUUCUACCAUAAUUACGCAGUUAGGGUCCCCUCCCAACACUUAUUCACCUACAGUAACUUCAUCGCAUCAAUAUGAAAGAUCUCAAAAUGGUCAAAGUAAUCAUCACUAUCCUUCUUCGACGAGCGUAAUUACAUUAAAAAAUUGUUCACAAUUAAGCUUGAUACAAAAUUCGAAUGUAAAUGGUCAACUGGUGCCACAUCAUGGUAGUAUGAGCCCAGAUGACUCUUGUGGUUUAAUGGUUGCUCCAAUGAGUCCGAAUUCGCAAGCAUCACGCGGUUACAGGAGUCUACCUUAUCCUUUAAAGAAAAAGGAUGGCAAAAUGCAUUACGAGUGUAACGUUUGCUGUAAAACUUUUGGACAAUUAUCGAAUUUGAAAGUUCAUCUAAGAACGCACUCGGGUGAACGACCAUUCAAAUGCAACGUGUGUAAUAAAUCAUUUACACAACUAGCGCAUCUACAGAAACACCAUCUAGUACAUACAGGAGAGAAACCCCAUCAAUGUGAUAUUUGCAAAAAACGAUUUUCAUCAACAUCGAAUUUAAAGACGCAUUUACGCCUACAUUCUGGACAAAAACCGUAUGCAUGCGAUCUAUGUAUGCAAAAGUUCACUCAGUUCGUUCAUUUAAAACUUCACAAAAGGUUACACACGAACGAUAGACCUUACGUCUGUCAGGGCUGCGAUAAAAAAUAUAUAAGCGCUUCUGGACUUCGUACACACUGGAAAACUACUAGUUGCAAGCCCAACAAUAUUGAGGAAGUGCUAGCUAUUACAAACGCUGCCAACACUGAAUGUAUUGGUAAUAUCGACAAAGACUGCCACGAGAGAGAGGCGCACGAGGCAUAUGAGGUACACUCUCCUUCGCAAGGAGGGCUGGUUGGGGCCGGUGGGGCGCGUGUUGCGAUGUCACACAGCGAAGUGAUGCUGGGUGGACACGCGCACACGACGACGCCGCAUUUGGUGACGGGGCACGGGCAACUGUCGCCAGUUCAUGUGCCUCAGUACCGGUCGCUACCACCACCACCCGAUCACGAACCACCAUCACAGCAUUACAGUCCGGCAACGGCUGAAUCUCGUCCCAGCGUUAUCGAAUCCAGCCAGCCACUUAUUAUAGAGUGCACCUGAGGUCAUGUGACACUGCUGCCGCCCAAGAGCCUCGUCGGACGUGUUUCCCCGCCGCAAUAUAUGAUUUCACUCUUUGAAUCAUGCGAAAGAUUUUUGUGUAUAAACAAUCGUAAGACGAGUGUUGACUCGUCUCGUAUUAAGUGGCUAUGAGAUUACGAUAUGAACGUUAAGUUGUAAAUUGUAAAAUAUAAGUUUUAAGUGCGAUAAUAUUAAGUACCAUUUAAGUACUAAGUACUUGCGUAAAUUAGAUGAAUUAAGAAGAAUGUAUUAUAUAUUAAUUAUAAAUUGCAUAUUAUAUCUAAGGUUUCCGCAGCCCUUGUUAAUUAAUUAAUGCUCAAUUUUUAUACAUAAUCUUAGAAUUCUAUUGUAAAUAGGAUUUUUAUGACAUCGACUUUAUUUAAUUUGAUAGUUAUUGUUAUAUCUAAUGUAUAAUAGUUACAUCAUGUAGGUGUGGUUGGCCACAUGGAGACAAGAUUACGUUGUGUAAAUAAAUACAAC